AUGGGUAAAGCUCGUGGAUUUUUAACUCCAAAAGCUAUUAGUAAUCGAAUAAAAUCAAAAGGUUUACAAAAACUACAAUGGUAUUGUCAAGCAUAUCAAAAACAAUGUCGGAAUGAGAAUGGAUUCAAAUGUCAUAUUUUAAGUGAAUCCCAUCGACGACAAAUAUUACUUGCCGGUGAAAAUCUUGGAAAAUAUAUAGCGGAUUAUUCAUGUAAAUUUCAUAGCGAAUUGUUCAGUACAUUAAGUCGUUCAUUGGGCAGAAAACAUAUCUUAGCUAAUACAGUCUAUUGUGAAUAUAUUAAAGAUCGUCAUCAUAUUCAUAUGACUGCUACACGUUGUUUAGCAUUGACUGGUUAUGUUCGUUGGCUUGGAAGUCAAGAUAAAAUAAUGAAUUUAAAUCAAAACUUCUACAAUCUUUCGAAUAGAUCUUCAUUUUCUCAUUCUGUUUUUAGUUCUAUUUAG